AUGGAUGAAGAAGGCAACAGCACCAGCCUUGAGGCUGUGUUACCAGCAGGUGGAACACGAAUUCUUCAGUUUGUAGAAGACAGGAUACAGACUACUAUGCUGACUGGAAUUGCAAUUGGAGCUGCAGUCGCAUUACUACUUAUAGCAAUUGUUGUGUUUGUCGUUUACAGAAGAGUGAAACAAUCAAAACAACUUCAGCCUCAUGUGCCUCAGUACAGAUUUCGCAAGCGCGACAAAGUGAUGUUCUAUGGGAGGAAGAUCAUGAGAAAGGUUACAACUCUUCCAAACUCUCUGGUUGGGAACGCUGUGCCUCGCCAAAGGAUGCGGAAGCGGGCAAAAGUUUUAUCUUUGGCUAAAAGGAUUCUGCGUAUUAAGAAGGAGUGUCCAACUCUACAGCCAAAAGAACCACCUCCCUCUUUGCUAGAGGCAGAUCUGACUGAAUUUGAUGUAAAGAAUUCCCAUUUGCCAUCGGAAGUCCUAUACAUGCUUAAAAAUGUUAGGGUUCUUGGCCACUUUGAGAAACCUCUUUUCCUGGAACUGUGCAAGCACAUGUUUUUUGUGCAAUUGCAUGAAGGUGAAUACAUCUUUCGUCCUGGGCAGCUGGAUAACAGCAUCUACGUUGUGCAGGAUGGCAAGCUGGAAGUUUGCAUUCAAGAAAGUGAUGGAACAGAAGUGGUGGUUAAGGAGGUGCUGGCGGGAGACAGCGUCCAUAGCCUUCUCAGCAUUCUUGAUGUUAUCACGGGUCACCCUGCUCCUUAUAAAACUGUCUCAGCCCGAGCAGCCGUUCCAUCCACUAUAUUGCGACUUCCAGCAAGUGCCUUUCAAGAUGUCUUCCAGAAAUACCCUGAAACUCUUGUUAGAGUGGUACAGAUCAUCAUGGUAAGGCUGCAGAGAGUGACAUUCCUUGCUUUGCACAACUACCUUGGUCUGACUACUGAGCUCUUCAACUGUCAGAGCCAAGCCAUCCCGCUCAUUUCUGUGGCAAGUGUAACAUCUGGAGGAAGUUCGAGCAAAGCAGUAAAAAGACAAGUGUCUAACGUGUCAGAGGAAGAUCGUGGAGAAAAAUUUGAAAAAACUGGGGAAGCUCUGGAAAUGGAUAUGUUGAAAGUUUCUGGUACAGAAAGCUCUGAGCAUGUUUUCAGAAGAAGUCUUUCUUCACCUCCCUAUGCAGGAUCUGCAGAGGCUUCUAAUAAUUCCAGCGGUGCGAAGUCGGACAUGGACAUGGCGUAUGAAAGAGCCAGAGUGCACUUUGGCUCGGAGGACGCUGCCAGCAGUCCUGUUGUGGGCAAGUCGAUACUGAAGAAGACGGUGACGGUGACAGAAACUCCUUCAGCGGUUUUCCAUUAUAGUGCUGUGCACGAUUCCUGUAACAGCAAACAUAUUGAUGCCAUCGUCGAAGCAGCAAAGAAAGACCUUUCAACCUUGAUGAAACUUGAUGAUCCUUCGUUGUUGAAUGGCAAAGUGACGCUGCAUCAGGUUACUGCUGGGACUGUGCUAUCGAGGCAAGGAGAUCAGGAUGUUAAUGUUUGCUUUGUGGUCUCGGGGAUGCUUCAUGUGUACCAACGGAAGAUAGACUCGGAGGAGGACACCUGUCUGUUCAUUACCCAUCCAGGAGAACUCGUAGGUCAGCUCGCUGUCCUGACGGGGGAACCACUGAUUUUCACCAUCAAGGCCAACCGAGAUUGCAGCUUCCUGGCUAUUUCCAAGUCCCAUUUCUAUGAGUGA